AUGGCCUUUGUUUUCUUCUGCUCAGGCAUCUCAAAUUCACAGACCUCCACACCCCUCGAUCACAUUCUCACGAUUCACGGUCAAAGCCUCGACAGGCGGUCAUACACUCUCUUUCGACAGCCCAUUCCUUUCGUUCACGAAAUGUCCAUCUUCUUCUGCUGCGGCUCUCGUCGUCAAGGCCGACAGUCUGCAGAUGACGUUGAACUCACCGAUGCUCCCAAGGAGCAACGUACGAGGCGGAGUGUUGCUAUUCAUCAGCCGUGCCAUUCGAUCGAGUUGCCGAUUCGGUCUCGGGACACCUCGCUGAUGCCUGCCGAGCUACCCCUGGAGGACCCGACCGAACUGGGACAGCUGGUGGUGGAUGACUCCGAUGGCGAAGGGAAUGAAGCUAAUCCCCUGACGAAGACAAGUAGCGCCUUGAAUGUCGUUCGCACGAAGCUCAUCCGACACAUCUCGCCGGAAACGGAGGCAAACCGCCGGUCUCGCGCAUCUGUGGGCCACAGCCAAGAGGAAGUUGCUCGAAGAGCCGAGCUCAGGCGAUUCCGACAUCAAAGAAUCCAAGACGAGCUCAAGAGCGAAGAGAACAAUGCUGAGUCGAGCAACACGUCCCACCGCAGCACUCGCUAUCUCUCCCCCCUCAUCGACGCUGGGCAGCCAAGGGUUGGCCCCAGGGAUACCAUUGAGUUCACCGUGACCGUUACAGACGGGCCUCAUGCGGACUCAGCGCAAGCACAGGAUUCCCUCUCCAUGGACUCUCAUCAAAACGACAAAUGCGUGUCUUCUCAAGAAGUGGACGGACCGACAAAGCCUUCCUUUAUAUCAACAGUAUCUGGUUUGGAGGAAUGGGGUCAGACUUUCCCCUUACGACCGCCAAGUACACACAGCGCUACAUCACAAAAGUUGACAGGAUGCUCGAACAUGCCCCGUCUGGGUCGUGUGUUGGGGGCAGAUAGCGAGUUUGACAUUCGCCAUGGAGCUCAUGCUUGGGAGGAACAGUCUGCUCUUGGCGUUUGGCUCGCUGCCCAGGGCCUGCGAUCCGGAAGCAGCUCCAUCCGCCUUAGAGACAGCGAGGCGAAUGAUGGGGAUGCUAGGGUCCCAUUCUUCUCGCCCCAGGAGGAUUUUGGCGGCAUUGAUAGUAUUGCAGAUGCUCCGUUGCCCACUCGGUGUCCGAAAAUUAGAAAGGGGUUGCUCCUAGGCCGGGAGCGAUGUCUGGAAACCGCAUCAAUCACCUCAAGCUCUUCCAGUGGCCGCGACCAAACCGAUGCUGAUGCCACUUUGCUUGGCCAAAGCCUACUCUUGGGAUCGGGAACUUUUGACAUGGCUGCAGCAAGGCCACCUGACCACAGCUCCUCGAACUAUCCAUCUGUUCUCCCAAGCUUUCAACCAAGCCCGAACCGAUCACAGUCCAAUUUUCAUCAUCUUAGUGCAGAAGACCUGGAGAGUCUUGAGCUUUCGCCCUUCAGCUGGAAAGGCAACUUCUCCGUCAUCCAGGAAUCAAAGGCAUCUGAGGGGAUGAGCUCAUAUGUCACGGCGGCAGAUGACAUCUACUUUUCUGAUAACAAUGCCAGCAGUGCUUGGAUCAACUGCCCUCAGGCGCGAGCUUCUGGUGAUGCAGUAUCCUUGGAUCACUCUGAUAAUGCGAGUUCCAAUCAGCGGGGAGUCAAGAUGUCAACCAUUGCGUCCAGAGUUGGCGAGGCCCUCUCACGCAAGAGACCCUCGCUGAACUUUGGUAGCCGCUUCAAAGAAGACUUUCAAACAAGUUCUAUUGGGCCUGGCCGCCGUUCAUUGAAGGCAAAGAUCAACCACUCAGUGCCAAGAAGAUCCAAAUAUAGCUCUACCAGCUUUAGUACGGCGCCGAGCAGACGAUUCUCGAGUGAGGAGAGCCAGUUGGCACUGGGCUGUGCAAACUCGAUUGGUGUGCGACUGGAGGCCUCUAUUGGCACAUUCGCACCUUUAAGAGGCGAUGAGGGAAGCUUUGCGCCGAGUGAAGUGAGCCCGGCGACACUUGCGCGUGUGUAUGAUUACCAGGCGCCACUGGGAACACGGCAAUCGGGGUUGUUUGAACCGUCCAGACUGACACCUCAUUCGGAACUCUUGCCUGACGAAACCCAACCUUCCUCACGUGGGAUUCUUCAGCAAUGGACGACCAAUAUCCAUGGCGCUUUUUCAUCCAAUACCACUCUCAGGUCUCAAUCGUCCAAGGCUCCGAAGCGACUAACAAAGCUGGCUCCCGAUUCAGGUGAAGUAAGCAUUGUGAAUACCGACAUUCGUCAGCUUCCAUCAGAUGCUGGUAGACCUUCUAUUCCGGCAAUUCUCCUUCCGGAGCCAGUAUCACGUUUCCGCCCAGGCAAGCUCGGAAAAGCCGUCAAGUCUGGGCUGAGGAAGCUGAUGUCGUCUCACGACAACGGGAGGCAAGCUCAGCUAUUCCAGCUUCGGGAACGACGAGAUGAGAAUAUAGGGCCCAAAGUGGUACGCACGGACACGCAGCCUUGGACGCCAGUAACCAUGGAAGCAGCAGACUAUGGCACUGUAUCUCCGAAGCAACAUUUAUCUGUUGAGUUAAGAUCAUGUUGCCCGCCCUCUGCAACGCAAACGAAGAAAGCCCCCGAGCUUGCGCGUCCACCAUACACUGCCAAGUCUGCCAUGCAAGUUGGAGCAGGUCAGCCAGCGCAGGGAUCUUGUUCUGAUGAUUGCGCCGGGGGCGCUUUGACAACCAACGUGCUUAUACAGUCACAUAUUCAACCGGAAAUCGAGAAUGGCAAAGACGAAGAGCUGGCAAGCGCUGGCUCGGUAUCAGUCAUGAGUGAUGUACGAGUGCUACGCCGGUGUCAAUCGGCAUUGGAUGUGCCAAGGAGCAGGAACCUGGCUCUUACCUGGGCUGGUCGAUCCAUGGUGCAGUCCCUCAGCUUGGGUAAUCUCAGAGCUUGA